UUCCUAAAGUACUACCAUUUGUACUUAGAAUUAUUUCAAAUAAUAGCGAAAAUAUAUCUGAUAUAUAUGAAAUUCACAAUCAAGUUUUAGAACUUGCCGCACAUUUUAAAAUUCAUAUAUUAUCAAUUGAAGCUGAUAGCACAUCAGUAGAAAUUAAAGCACAAAAAUGUAUUAUGCAAAUUAAUACUGAAACAAAUCUUGAAUUUACUGACGAAUUAUACAGAAAUGUCAACGAUCUAAAUUCAAAUUUAAAAAUUUGGUCUACAGAUGAUGAAAUCAGAGUUCUUAUUAAUGAUGCAUAUAAAGAAACAAAUGCUUUAACAAAGUGUGUUUUUAUGGUAGUUACAUUAAAUUCUGAAUUAUUAUUGUCAUCUCCAACUGAUUUCUUAACAAGUAACGAAAUAAUACUACUGAUUGAAGAAAAUUUAAUAAAAGAAUUUCAAGAUGAAGAGAAGAUUUUAACAGAAAUUGUUGAAAUGAUAGGAAAUGGAAAAUAUUUUCAAUAG